UAAAUGUCAAAAUUUUGACGUUUGUUUUAAUUUUAAAGAUUAGGUUAUCAAUAAAUAUCUAAUUAAUUUGGCGCCAACGAAUUUUAUCACAUUUUCAAUUUAUCUUUUUAAUUUUUUUCUUAUUUAAUUUCAAGGUUAUCUAUUUACGGCUCCUUCUUUCUAUAACUGGAAUGGUGAUCCCAAAUAUAGCAACUCCUCGCCCGAUUUAACAAACAAGAAAGAAAAUGAGCACAAAACGAAAAUCGGAAUCGAACGUGAUUUUUAAGAUGAGGUUGGUAGCGCGUAUAAAGUUCCCCAUGUCAAAGAUUUUAUUCACUGGGACAACGCAGUAAUGGAUUUGUAUAGUUAAGGAGGAGUACGUUUUGCACGUGGGUUAAUAAUAAAAAAAUAAUAAAAUACGAGUCGGUGUGAUAUUGAAAAUAUUAAGAAAUAAGACGAUGGAUGGUGACGGUGAUUCUUGGUUAUCCGUUUGGGAACAACAAUGCGCGGAUUUGAUAGAGGAGCAACCCGAUUACGAACAGUCGUUGACAAUAGAGUCGGAUAAUUCGCACAGGAAACUCUGGAUGGUGUUUCAGGAUGCCGCGACGUCGAUUGCACAACUCUAUCGAGAUCGAAUCACAGCUGAUCCAAGCUCGCUUUGGGUAUCUUUUCAAACAGCAGCAGCCUCGGUAACAGCUUUAUAUAAAGAAUCUUGUGAUAUAGCCAAACAAAGUAGUGAAAUAGCAAAACAGUGUGGGUAUCAAAAAAGGAACGGAGAAUUACUCCACUGGGCAAAACGGAAGCGGAAAUUAAUUCGCCGAGAAGAUCUUUUAGCCUACCUUUCUGGGAAACCACUACCUCCGCGUCACGCACACCACAGGUUAUCUCCGCGACCGAGAAAUAUAUCACCACCACCAGGUGUGGCACCCGCUCAUCACCAACAAAACGCGUUUAAUGCGGACGAUUUGAAUACGUUUACGGAAGCGUUGGCGAGAAAUUGUACGAGAAGAGCCGUACAACCGGUGGGUACUGAUUUGUGCGCGUUUAUUACGGGGGAAAUUCAACGGCACUGUAAGCGUCCCGCGUCACCUUCGGAUGUCACAAUGGGGAGUCCAACUCAUCCGAAAAAGCCGCGCUACAUGUGAAUAAAAAAAUACGGACUCGAAACGGGGCGUUUAUCGAUGUACAAAGAAAAAAAGUUAGGUUAAGCGUAAGUACGUUUCGAUUUAUUACAAUUUUGCUAUUAAAUUAAAAAGAAAUCGUCGAUAUAAAAAAAAAAGGAUUUAUGAGAGUCGAUUUAAAAGCAAAUGUCGCGUAUUUAUUAUUAUUAUUAUUUUUUUUGUUGAAAGUUUUUUGUUGUGUUGUGUAUUUUUGAUUAAUACCGUGAUUAAUUUUGUUUAAAUUAAAAAAAAUUCCAUCUACAAAGAAGAAAAUGAGAUAAAAUAAUCAGUGGUGCCAAUUUUGAAAAAUAUUUUAGUUUUCAAGGAAUUCAAGAUACGAAAUUAAUAUACAUAUUUAUAUUAAUUUGUUUUGAUUAAUUUUUUUUUCUUUUAAAGAAGUUCUUGAAAAACUCAAGAUCUGUGAUACUCUGAUUUCACUUUCAAUUUAUUAAAAUUAUUUAAAAAAAUUUUACUUGCAAAUCCAGAAAAAGAUUUUAGAAAGAAAAUAAAUCCCCGCAUAUCUAAGAAGAGAAAUAACAAAAUCAAGGUGGAUGUUUUUAUAAAAAUGUGUAAAUAAUUAGAUUUAGUUAGGUUAUGUUAGGUUAUGAUUCUUGUCAAAACUUAAUUAUAUACUAAAAAAACUAUAUAAAUAGCUAAGUGAUAAGAAUGUAUGUAUUUAAGCAGUAAGAAUUCGAUUUUUUUAAUUUCUAAGUAGAAUUUAAAUGUUAAUGUGAGAUGAAAAAAAUUUUUAUGUUACAAAUUCUGGAUAUUCAUUAACUUCUGGAUUUAUAAUGAUGGAAAAAAAUAAUUUAAAUACAUGAUUUGUUUGCAUUGGG